AUGGCUACCACAGUGGACAAGAUCAAAGAGAUUGAGGCCGAAAUGGCCAGGACCCAGAAGAACAAGGCGACGUCGUUUCAUCUGGGUCAGCUCAAGGCCAAGUUGGCCAAACUCAAGCGCGAGCUGUUGACCCCCAGUGGCGGAGGCGGUGGAGGCGGCGCUGGAUUCGAUGUGGCCAGGACAGGUGUCGCCAGUAUCGGCUUCAUUGGGUUCCCCUCUGUGGGAAAGAGUACGCUCAUGAGCCGACUGACGGGCCAACACUCGGAGGCGGCCGCGUACGAGUUCACCACCCUGACAUCGGUGCCCGGACAGGUCGUCUAUAACGGCGCCCCCUUGCAGAUUAUCGACCUUCCCGGAAUUAUCGAGGGUGCCAAGGACGGUCGAGGUCGAGGUCGCCAGGUCAUCGCCGUCGCCAAGACGUGCCAUCUGAUCUUCAUUGUGCUCGACGUGAACAAGCCCCUGACGGACAAGCGGGUGAUCGAGUCGGAGCUUGAGGGCUUCGGAAUUCGCAUCAACAAGGAGCCCCCAAACAUCACCUUCAAAAAGAAGGACAAGGGUGGCCUCAAUAUCACGAGCACAGUGCCCCUGACCCAUAUCGAUCAUGGCGAGAUCAAGGCUGUCAUGAGCGAAUACCGGAUCAACUCUGCAGACAUUACUAUCCGAUGUGACGCCACCGUCGAUGACCUGAUCGACGUUCUCGAGGCCAAGAGUCGAAGUUACAUUCCCGUGGUUUACUGCCUCAACAAGAUCGACUCGAUCAGCAUUGAGGAGCUUGAUCUGCUGUAUCGAAUCCCCAACGCCGUGCCCAUCAGCUCCGAGCACGGGUGGAACAUUGACGAGCUGAUGGAGGCCAUGUGGGACAAACUCAACCUUGUUCGGGUGUACACGAAGCCCAAGGGCAAGCAGCCCGAUUACUCGGCGCCCGUUGUUCUCCGAUCCACGCGCUGCACGGUUGAAGACUUUUGUAACGCUAUCCACCGAAGCAUUACGGAAGUUUUCAAAACGGCCAUCGUGUACGGCAAGUCUGUCAAGCAUCAGCCGCAGCGAGUCGGGCUGGGACAUGAGCUGUGUGACGAAGAUGUUGUGACCAUUGUUAAACGAUGA